CCCGGACACUGGUUCACUUCUCUCCCAACGCGUUCCCCUGGUUCACCCCCCUUCCUUCCCCUUUCUCCCCCUCUGUUAAGUCCCUCCCCCUCGCCAUUCAAAAGGGCUGGCUCGGCACUGGCUCCUUGCAGUCGGCGAACUGUCGGGGCGGGAGGAGCCGUGAGCAGUAGCUGCACUCAGCUGCCCGCGCGGCAAAGAGGGAGGCAAGCCAAACAGAGUGCGCAGAGUGGCAGUGCCAGCGGCGACACAGGCAGCACAGGCAGCCCGGGCUGCCUGAAUAGCCUCAGAAACAACCUCAACGACUCCGGCUGCUCUGCGGACUGCGAGCUGUGGCGGUAGAGCCCGCUACAGCAGUCGCAGUCUCCGUGGAGCGGGCGGAAGCCUUUUUUCUCCCUUUCGUUUACCUCUUCAUUCUACUCUAAAGGCAUCGUUAUUAGAGGGUGCUUAAAAAGUACAGAUCAACUGGAUGGAUGAAUGGAUGGAAGAGGAUGGAAUAUCUUAACAAAACACAUUUUCCUUAAGUAAAUUCAUGCAUACUCCAAAUUAAAUACAGAAUGUGAAGUAUCUCUGAACUGUGCUGUUGAAUAUGGUAGCUACUAGCUACAUGAAAAUCCUGUUGUGAAUAAGAAGGAUUCCACAGAUCACAUACCAGAGAGGUUUUGCCUCAGCUGCUCUCAACUUUGUAAUCUUGUGAAGAAGCUGACAAGCUUGGCUGAUUGCAGAGCACUAUGAGGACUGAACGACAGUGGGUUUUAAUUCAGAUAUUUCAAGUGUUGUGCGGGUUAAUACAACAAACUGUAACAAGUGUACCUGGUAUGGACUUGUUGUCCGGGACGUACAUUUUCGCGGUCCUGCUAGCAUGCGUGGUGUUCCACUCUGGCGCCCAGGAGAAAAACUACACCAUCCGAGAAGAAAUGCCAGAAAACGUCCUGAUAGGCGACUUGUUGAAAGACCUUAACUUGUCGCUGAUUCCAAACAAGUCCUUGACAACUGCUAUGCAGUUCAAGCUAGUGUACAAGACCGGAGAUGUGCCACUGAUUCGAAUUGAAGAGGAUACUGGUGAGAUCUUCACUACUGGCGCUCGCAUUGAUCGUGAGAAAUUAUGUGCUGGUAUCCCAAGGGAUGAGCAUUGCUUUUAUGAAGUGGAGGUUGCCAUUUUGCCGGAUGAAAUAUUUAGACUGGUUAAGAUACGUUUUCUGAUAGAAGAUAUAAAUGAUAAUGCACCAUUGUUCCCAGCAACAGUUAUCAACAUAUCAAUUCCAGAGAACUCGGCUAUAAACUCUAAAUAUACUCUCCCAGCGGCUGUUGAUCCUGACGUAGGAACAAACGGAGUUCAAAACUACGAACUAAUUAAGAGUCAAAACAUUUUUGGCCUCGAUGUCAUUGAAACACCAGAAGGAGACAAGAUGCCACAACUGAUUGUUCAAAAGGAGUUAGAUAGGGAAGAGAAGGAUACCUACGUGAUGAAAGUAAAGGUUGAAGAUGGUGGCUUUCCUCAAAGAUCCAGUACUGCUAUUUUGCAAGUAAGUGUUACUGAUACAAAUGACAACCACCCAGUCUUUAAGGAGACAGAGAUUGAAGUCAGUAUACCAGAAAAUGCUCCUGUAGGCACUUCAGUGACACAGCUCCAUGCCACAGAUGCUGACAUAGGUGAAAAUGCCAAGAUCCACUUCUCUUUCAGCAAUCUAGUCUCCAACAUUGCCAGGAGAUUAUUUCACCUCAAUGCCACCACUGGACUUAUCACAAUCAAAGAACCACUGGAUAGGGAAGAAACACCAAACCACAAGUUACUGGUUUUGGCAAGUGAUGGUGGAUUGAUGCCAGCAAGAGCAAUGGUGCUGGUAAAUGUUACAGAUGUUAAUGAUAAUGUCCCAUCCAUUGACAUAAGAUACAUCGUCAAUCCUGUCAAUGACACAGUUGUUCUUUCAGAAAAUAUUCCACUCAACACCAAAAUUGCUCUCAUAACUGUGACGGAUAAGGAUGCGGACCAUAAUGGCAGGGUGACAUGCUUCACAGAUCAUGAAAUCCCUUUCAGAUUAAGGCCAGUAUUCAGUAAUCAGUUCCUCCUGGAGACUGCAGCAUAUCUUGACUAUGAGUCCACAAAAGAAUAUGCCAUUAAAUUACUGGCUGCAGAUGCUGGCAAACCUCCUUUGAAUCAGUCAGCAAUGCUCUUCAUCAAAGUGAAAGAUGAAAAUGACAAUGCUCCAGUUUUCACCCAGUCUUUCGUAACUGUUUCUAUUCCUGAGAAUAACUCUCCUGGCAUCCAGUUGACGAAAGUAAGUGCAACGGAUGCAGACAGUGGGCCUAAUGCUGAGAUCAAUUACCUGCUAGGCCCUGAUGCUCCACCUGAAUUCAGCCUGGAUCGUCGUACAGGCAUGCUGACUGUAGUGAAGAAACUAGAUAGAGAAAAAGAGGAUAAAUAUUUAUUCACAAUUCUGGCAAAAGAUAACGGGGUACCACCCUUAACCAGCAAUGUCACAGUCUUUGUAAGCAUUAUUGAUCAGAAUGACAAUAGCCCAGUUUUCACUCACAAUGAAUACAACUUCUAUGUCCCAGAAAACCUUCCAAGGCAUGGUACAGUAGGACUAAUCACUGUAACUGAUCCUGAUUAUGGAGACAAUUCUGCAGUUACGCUCUCCAUUUUAGAUGAGAAUGAUGACUUCACCAUUGAUUCACAAACUGGUGUCAUCCGACCAAAUAUUUCAUUUGAUAGAGAAAAACAAGAAUCUUACACUUUCUAUGUAAAGGCUGAGGAUGGUGGUAGAGUAUCACGUUCUUCAAGUGCCAAAGUAACCAUAAAUGUGGUUGAUGUCAAUGACAACAAACCAGUUUUCAUUGUCCCUCCUUCCAACUAUUCUUAUGAAUUGGUUCUACCGUCCACUAAUCCAGGCACAGUGGUCUUUCAGGUAAUGGCUGUUGACAAUGACACUGGCAUGAAUGCAGAGGUUCGUUACAGCAUUGUAGGAGGAAACACAAGAGAUCUGUUUGCAAUCGACCAAGAAACAGGCAACAUAACAUUGAUGGAGAAAUGUGAUGUUACAGACCUUGGUUUACACAGAGUGUUGGUCAAAGCUAAUGACUUAGGACAGCCUGAUUCUCUCUUCAGUGUUGUAAUUGUCAAUCUGUUCGUGAAUGAGUCGGUGACCAAUGCUACACUGAUUAAUGAACUGGUGCGCAAAAGCACUGAAGCACCAGUGACCCCAAAUACUGAGAUAGCUGAUGUAUCCUCACCAACUAGUGACUAUGUCAAGAUCCUGGUUGCAGCUGUUGCUGGCACCAUAACUGUCGUUGUAGUUAUUUUCAUCACUGCUGUAGUAAGAUGUCGCCAGGCACCACACCUUAAGGCUGCUCAGAAAAACAAGCAGAAUUCUGAAUGGGCUACCCCAAACCCAGAAAACAGGCAGAUGAUAAUGAUGAAGAAAAGGAAAAAGAAGAAGAAGCAUUCCCCUAAGAACCUGCUGCUUAAUUUUGUCACUAUUGAAGAAACUAAGGCAGAUGAUGUUGACAGUGAUGGAAACAGAGUCACACUAGACCUUCCUAUUGAUCUAGAAGAGCAAACAAUGGGAAAGUACAAUUGGGUAACUACACCUACUACUUUCAAGCCCGACAGCCCUGAUUUGGCCCGACACUACAAAUCUGCCUCUCCACAGCCUGCCUUCCAAAUUCAGCCUGAAACUCCCCUGAAUUCGAAGCACCACAUCAUCCAAGAACUGCCUCUCGAUAACACCUUUGUGGCCUGUGACUCUAUCUCCAAGUGUUCCUCAAGCAGUUCAGAUCCCUACAGCGUUUCUGACUGUGGCUAUCCAGUGACGACCUUCGAGGUACCUGUGUCCGUACACACCAGACCGCCAAUGAAGGAGGUUGUGCGAUCUUGCACCCCCAUGAAAGAGUCUACAACUAUGGAGAUCUGGAUUCAUCCCCAACCACAGCGGAAAUCCGAAGGGAAAGUGGCAGGAAAGUCCCAGCGGCGUGUCACAUUUCACCUGCCAGAAGGCUCUCAGGAAAGCAGCAGUGAUGGUGGACUGGGAGACCAUGAUGCAGGCAGCCUUACCAGCACAUCCCAUGGCCUGCCCCUUGGCUAUCCUCAGGAGGAGUACUUUGAUCGUGCUACACCCAGCAAUCGCACUGAAGGGGAUGGCAACUCCGAUCCUGAAUCUACUUUCAUACCUGGACUAAAGAAAGCUGCAGAAAUAACUGUUCAACCAACUGUGGAAGAGGCCUCUGACAACUGCACUCAAGAAUGUCUCAUCUAUGGCCAUUCUGAUGCCUGCUGGAUGCCGGCAUCUCUGGAUCAUUCCAGCUCUUCGCAAGCACAGGCCUCUGCUCUAUGCCACAGCCCACCACUGUCACAGGCCUCUACUCAGCACCACAGCCCACCAGUGACACAGACCAUUGCUCUCUGCCACAGCCCUCCAGUGACACAGACCAUCGCAUUGUGCCACAGCCCACCACCGAUACAGGUGUCUGCUCUCCACCACAGUCCUCCUCUAGUGCAGGCUACUGCACUUCACCACAGCCCACCAUCAGCACAGGCCUCAGCCCUCUGCUACAGCCCUCCUUUAGCACAGGCUGCUGCAAUCAGCCACAGCUCUCCUCUGCCACAGGUUAUUGCCCUCCAUCGUAGUCAGGCCCAAUCAUCAGUCAGUUUGCAGCAAGGUUGGGUGCAAGGUGCUGAUGGACUAUGCUCUGUUGAUCAGGGAGUGCAAGGUAGUGCAACAUCUCAGUUUUACACCAUGUCUGAAAGACUUCAUCCCAGUGAUGAUUCAAUUAAAGUCAUUCCUUUGACAACCUUCACUCCACGCCAACAGGCCAGACCAUCCAGAGGUGAUUCCCCCGUUAUGGAAGAACAUCCCUUGUAAAGCUAAAAUAGUUACUUCAAAUUUUCAGAAAAGAUGUAUAUAGUCAAAAUUUAAGAUACAAUUCCAAUGAGUAUUCUGAUUAUCAGAUUUGUAAAUAACUGUGUAAAUAGAAACAGAUACCAGAAUAAAUCUACAGCUAGACCCUUAGUCAAUAGUUAACCAAAAAAUUGCAUUUUGUUUAAUUCAGAAUGUGUAUUUAAAAAGAAAAGGAAUUUAACAAUUUGCAUCCCCUUGUACAGUAAGGCUUAUCAUGACAGAGUGUACUAUUUCUGAUGUACAGUAUUUUUUGUUGUUUUUAUCAUCAUGUGCAAUAUUACUGAUUUGUUUCCAUGCUGAUUGUGUGGAACCAGUAUGUAGCAAAUGGAAAGCCUAGAAAUAUCUUAUUUUCUAAGUUUACUUUUAGUUUACCUAAACUUUUGUUCAGAUAACGUUAAAAGGUAUACGUACUGUAGCCUUUUUUUGGGCUUUCUUUUUGAUUUUUGUUUGUUGUUUUCAGUUUUUUUGUUGUUGUUAGUGAGUCUCCCUUCAAAAUACACAGUAGGUAGUGUAAAUACUGCUUGUUUGUGUCUCUCUGCUUUCAUGUUUUCUACCUUAUUCCAAUACUAUAUUGUUGAUAAAAUUUGUAUAUACAUUUUCAAUAAAGAAUAUGUAUAAACUGUACAGAUCUAGAACUACAACCUAUUUCUCUACUCUUUAGUAGAGUUCGAGACACAGAAGUGCAAUAACUGCCCUAAUUAAGCAACUAUUUGUUAAAACGGGCCUCUUUUUACUUUAAUAGUUUAGUGUAAAGUACAUCAGAAAUAAAACUGUAUCAUCUGCCAUUUUAAGCCUGUAGUCCAUUAUUACUUGGGUCUUUACUUCUGGGAAUUUGUAUGUAACAGCCUAGAAAAUUAAAAGGAGGUGGAUGCAUCCAACGCACGAGUCACUUAAAAUAUCGACGGUAAACUACUAUUUUGUAGAGAAACUCAGGAAGAUUUAAAUGUUGAUUUGACAGCUCAAUAGGCUGUUACCAAAGGGUGUUCAGUAAAAAUAACAAAUACAUGUAACUGUAGAUAAAACCAUAUGCUAAAUCUAUAAGACUAAGGGAUUUUUGUUAUUCUAGCUCAACUUACUGAAGAAAACCACUAAUAACAACAAGAAUAUCAGGAAGGAACUUUUCAAGAAAUGUAAUUAUAAAUCUACAUCAAACAGAAUUUUAAGGAAAAAUGCAGAGGGAGAAAUAAGGCACAUGACUGCUUCUUGCAGUCAACAAGAAAUACCAAUAACACACACAGAACAAAACCCAUCAAAAUCUCAUAUAUGAAAUAAAAUAUAUUCUUCUAAGCAAAGAAACAGUACUAUUCAUAGAAAACAUUAAUUUUCUUCUGUUGUCUGUUAUUUCCUUCUUUUAUCCUCUUAACUGGCCAUUAUCUUGUAUGUGCACAUUUUAUAAAUAUACAGAAACAUCACCAACUUAAUUUUCUUCCAUAGCAAAACUGAGAAAAUACCUUGUUUCAGUAUAACACUAAACCAAGAGACAAUUGAUGUUUAAUGGGGGCGGUUGGGGUUGGGGGGGGGAGUCAAUAUCUCCUAUUGAUUAACUUAGACAUAGAUUUUGUAAUGUAUAACUUGAUAUUUAAUUUAUGAUUAAACUGUGUGUAAAUUUUGUAACAUAAACUGUGGUAAUUGCAUAAUUUCAUGGGUGAGGAUUUCCACUGAAUAUUGAGAAAGUUUCUUUUCAUGUGCCCAGCAGGUUAAGUAGCGUUUACAGAAUAUAUAUUAUUCCCAUCCAUUGUAAAGUUCCUUAAGUCAUAUUUGACUGGGCGUGCAGAAUAACUUCUUAACUUUUAACUAUCAGAGUUUGAUUAAUAAAAUUAAUUAAUCUUUUUUCUCCUUCGUGUUGUUAAUGUUCCAAGGGAUUUGGAGCAUACUGGUUUUCCAGGUGCAUGUGAAUCCCGAAGGACUGAUGAUAUUUGAAUGUUUAUUAAAUUAUUAUCAUACAAAUGUGUUGAUAUUGUGGCUAUUGUUGUUGAUGUUGAAAAUUUUAAACUUGGGGAAGAUUAAGAAAAGAACCAAUAGUGACAAAAAUCAGUGCUUCUAGUAGAUUUUAGAACAUUCUUUGCCUCAAAAAACCUGCAAAGAUGAUGUGAGAUUUUUUUCUUGUGUUUUAAUUAUUUUCACAUUUUCUCUCUGCAAACCUUUAGUUUUCUGAUGAUCUGCACACACACAUACACACACACACACACACACACGUGCACACACACACAUUUAAAGGAUAUAAAAAGAAGAGGUUGAAAGAUUAUUAAAUAACUUAUCAGGCAUCUCAAUGGUUACUAUCUAUGUUAGUGAAAAUCAAAUAGGACUCAAAGUUGGAUAUUUGGGAUUUUUCUUCUGACAGUAUAAUUUAUUGAGUUACUAGGGAGGUUCUUAAAUCCUCAUAUCUGGAAACUUGUGACGUUUUGACACCUUUCCUAUAGAUAUAGGAAUGAACCAAUACGCUUUUAUUACCCUUUCUAACUCUGAUUUUAUAAUCAGACUUAGAUUGUGUUUAGAAUAUUAAAUGACUGGGCACCCUCUUCUUGGUUUUUACCAGAGAGGCUUUGAAUGGAAGCAGGCUGAGAGUAGCCAAAGAGGCAAGGGGUAUUAGCCCAGUUAUUCUCCCCUAUGCCUUCUCUUUCUAAGCUUCCACUAGGUCUGGCCUUGGAAACCUGUUACUUCUAGGGCUUCAGAUCUGAUGAUAUCUUUUUCAUCACAUUACAAGUUAUUUCUUUGACUGAAUAGACAGUGGUAUAGGUUGACACAGCACACAAGUGGCUAUUGUGAUGUAUGAUGUAUGUAGUCCUACAACUGCAAAACGUCUUACUGAACCAACAAUCAAAAAAUGGUUCUGUUUUAAAAAGGAUUUUGUUUGAUUUGAAAUUAAAACUUCAAACUGAAUGACUUAUAUGAGAAUAAUACGUUCAAUCAAAGUAGUUAUUCUAUUUUGUGUCCAUAUUCAAUUAGAUUGUGAUUAUUAAUUUUCUAGCUAUGGUAUUACUAUAUCACACUUGUGAGUAUGUAUUCAAAUACUAAGUAUCUUAUAUGCUACGUGCAUACACAUUCUUUUCUUAAACUUUACCUGUGUUUUAACUAAUAUUGUGUCAGUGUAUUAAAAAUUAGCUUUUACAUAUGAUAUCUACAAUGUAAUAAAUUUAGAGAGUAAUUUUGUGUAUUCUUAUUUACUUAACAUUUUACUUUUAAUUAUGUAAAUUUGGUUAGAAAAUAAUAAUAAAUGGUUAGUGCUAUUGUGUAAUGGUAGCAGUUACAAAGAGCCUCUGCCUUCCCAAACUAAUAUUUAUCACACAUGGUCAUUAAAUGGGAAAAAAAUAGACUAAACAAAUCACAAAUUGUUCAGUUCUUAAAAUGUAAUUAUGUCACACACACAAAAAAUCCUUUUCAAUCCUGAGAAAAUUAAAGGCGUUUUACUCACAUGGAUAUUUCAACAUUAGGUUUUUUUGUUUUUGUUUCUUUUUCAUGGUAUUACUGAAGGUGUGUAUACUCCCUAAUACACAUUUAUGAAAAUCUACUUGUUUAGGCUUUUAUUUAUACUCUUCUGAUUUAUAUUUUUUAUUAUAAUUAUUAUUUCUUAUCUUUCUUCUUUUAUAUUUUUUGGAAACCAAAUUUAUAGUUAGUUUAGGUAAACUUUUUAUUAUGACCAUUAGAAACUAUUUUGAAUGUUUCCAACUGGCUCAAUUGGCCGGGAAAACAUGGGAGCAGGAGAAGCUGAAAUAUAUUUCUGCAAGAACCUUUCUAUAUUAUGUGCCAAUUACCACACCAGAUCAAUUUUAUGCAGAGGCCUUAAAAUAUUCUUUCACAGUAGCUUUCUUACACUAACCGUCAUGUGCUUUUAGUAAAUAUGAUUUUUAAAAGCAGUUCAAGUUGACAACAGCAGAAACAGUAAAAAAAAUCUGCUCAGAAAAAUGUAUGUGCACAAAUAAAAAAAAUUAAUGACAAUUGUUUAGUGAUUGUAAGUGAUACUUUUUAAAGAGUAAACUGUGUGAAAUUUAUACUAUCCCUGCUUAAAAUAUUAAGAUUUUUAUGAAAUAUGUAUUUAUGUUUGUAUUGUGGGAAGAUUCCUCCUCUGUGAUAUCAUACAGCAUCUGAAAGUGAAUAGCAUCCCAAAGCAGUUCCAACCAUGCUUUGGAAGUAAGAAGGUUGACUAUUGUAUGGCCAAGGAUGGCAGUAUGUAAUCCAGAAGCAAACUUGUAUUAAUUGUUCUAUUUCAGGUUCUGUAUUGCAUGUUUUCUUAUUAAUAUAUAUUAAUAAAAGUUAUGAGAAAUAAA